AAAUUACGAAAAGAAAAAAGAAAAAAAAAUUUAAGUUACUAAUUAAGAGUUUUUGUUUUUUUUAAUUCAAAUCAUUUGUGUUUUUUCAUUAAUUGAUUGAUAAUGGGUUUUCUUCACAAGCUAUGGGACGAUACACUUGCCGGCCCGGCACCGGAAUCGGGGUUAGGAAAACUCCGCAAGUAUAAUUCGUUCGCCGGACGUUCUACCUGCAGUGCUCCGCCGUCUCCCACCAAGCUCGGCCUUCACCAUCACGGCGGCGGCGCUAGUGACGAUCUGAUGCCGGUCUCCCGGAGCAUUACGAUACUCCGUAGCAACUCAACCUGUGGCCGUUCUGGCAAUUCUACGCCGGAUUCUGGAUCUGCUCCAUCUUCUCCGGCGUUUUCUAGCGCUCCAAAUUCACCAUUUGCACCAAGCACGCCACGGAGGAAAUACAAGAAGCAAUUAAAGGGAAAAGCGAAUAUUGAACCUUGUUCUGCCAACUAUGAUUGGAUUGUGCUGAGUGCUUGGGAUCGUUGACGAGAGAAACAGAAAAACAAACUAUUAUUUUUGUGUGAAGAAAUGACUGCUGCAAUGUUGUGCAUAUAUAAAUAUAUUAUAUAAAUAUAAUUAAGAGUAAUAUGUACAUAUUAAUUAGUGUAUAUAACCAAAUAAUAAAAAUAAGAAGGUUCCAGAGUAGUGUAGGAAUCUUCACAUCAAAUAGAUGAUGAUAAUUAUGUUAAUAUCAGGGAGAGAGAAACUACAAGUAGGAGAUUUUAAAGUAAUUUUUUUUUACUAUAAGCUGCUUCCUCCAUCUGUUUGGAGUGAUGCUUUUUUAAUUUUUUUUGUUUGUUUUUAUAAUAUGGUCGUGAGUUUGAUGUACUCCAACUUAAUAAUGUUCUUUCAAAAAAUACUUGA